AUUUUCACAGUCGUGUUGUGUCGGUGAAGUGAGUAGCGUGUGAGCCGCUAAUAUAUAAAAGUUGUUUUCAAAUUCUCUGGCAAUACGUCUUUAUUAUUAUUGUAUCAUAUUUUUAAAUAGAAACAUCAGAGACAAUAUUAUGUUUCUGGAAAUGUGUGGUGAAUAAACUGUGUGCCAUAGUUCACAGCAUCGACUUAUAUCUUAAAUUCUAGGUAAUUCGGAUUUUACCGCUGUCUGCUUUGGAUGUGACAGCCAACAUGUGGUUGCUGGUGGCGUUGUGCGUGGUAGCGAGUGCUUCGCCCACUCUGUCCGUCCGCUACUGUUCAACGAACACAUUCCCAAGCAAUUCGUCGUCUAUGCACUUCACCAAGGAACCCAUACCGCACGAAUUUGGCUUCCAAGACAAGUUCAAGAGUAUAUACUGCUGCGUCAAGGGAUAUAGAAGCAUCGAAUGGUUCAAAGAUGGCGUAGCGUAUCCCUGGUCAGCUGGCGUGUCGAACCUGAUCCUGUACCCCGAGGCGGCGAACCAAACCCUGUACACCCGGCACGCGGCGCGCACCGACUCGGGCAACUACACCUGCCGCCUCAGCAACGAGACUCACAGCGAGACACACACCAUCAGACUCGAUGUAUUGGAAAAACCGACGGACGCGCCACAAACAAUGUUCAUUUCAAAGGACCAGUGGGUGGAGGAAGGGAGCAAAUUGCGGCUUUUCUGCGAAGCGCUCAUCGGUCGUUCCUAUUUAGCCGACGCUCGCAGUGAUCUCAGAUGGCUUAAAGUGUGGCCCAACGGGACUGAAGGUGAAUUAUUGGCUUCUCAAAAUGAAGUAAAAACGACAAGGGAGGAUGUGGAGGACAUUAUCGGCUCGUAUUUGAACAUUGACCGGCUGUCGGUGCAGGACUACGGGACGUACGUGUGCGUGGUGCAUAGCAACGAUGUGGUCUUCAGGAAUUACGUCACCGUGCACUAUAAAAACGGCGAGUGGGGCUCGGAGGAGGCGUGGUGCGGCGGCGCGGGCCCGCGGUGGCGCGCGCUGGCGCUGGGCGGCGCGGCGGCGGCGCUGCUGCUGGGCAGCGCGCUCGUGCUGCACCGCCGCUGCACGCCGCGCCUGCUGCUGGCCGCGCGCCACGCCCGCGCGCGCGCCGCCGCCGCCGCGCACCGCGCCAGAGUGUUAGAGAAAGAAUUCGACGUGCUAGUGUGCUGGACGGCCGUGGACUCUGAGCUGGUGCGCGGUGCGCUAUUACCCACCCUCGCCUUCAAAUACAAGUACCGCGUGCACACCGCUCUGCUGUCUACGCAACCUGACGAUUGGUACAAGGAGAUAGUGGGCGAGGCGAGCCGGUGCCGCUCGGUGGUGGCGGUGGUGUCGCCGGCGCAGUACGCGUCGCCGCACCAGCUGCUCACGGCGCUGUGCCAGCUGCGCGCGCUGCCGCACCCGCCCGUCGUCGUGCUGCUGCAGGAUCUGCCGAAGCUGAAGCGCGAGGCGAAGGACGGCGGGUCGCGGUUCGUGGAGGUGCUGCGGCGCUCGCGGCUGAUCGCCUGGCGCCACGUGCACGACCGCGCCUUCUGGACCGCGCUGCGCCUCGCGCUGCCGCUGCCCCCGCCCGCCCCGCCGCAGCCCGCGCACCCCCCGCACCCCCCGCACCACCCGCACCACCCGUACCCGUCACAGGAAAAGACCGCGAACCCAGUGGAGACGGAAGAAAGCAAGUAUUCUCGCUCUGGCAGCAUGACCGCGCUCGUGUAGAGGCGUGACUACCAUUUUAUGAGACUCGAAUCUUUCGCAAAAUAAAACAAUAGUUAGUAAUAUAAGUGUAUUAUAUAGUGAUAAAUAGUGUUUGACACUAACUCUGGUGAAGUGCUGCUGAUGAGCAAGAAGACUGUGGAUAGUAAGUUAGUUCUCUUAAUAUUUAUCGAAAUAAAUCACAUUACUGUUGAGCGUAGGACAAUAUGAAAUCUGUAUACAGUUUUCUAAGAUCUCAGUGACGUUUCUUUUCGAUAACUUAAGACUAUCACGAAUUUCUCAUUUCUCUUUCUCGUGCCAAAGGGAAAAAAAUUACAUGACAAUUAUUUAAUCUUUUCGGUUAUAUCUUUUAGUAUUUAUUUUAUUUAUCUUUCGAAUUAAUGUCCGCGAGGCAAUUUAGGCGUUUGAAUUUAUUUUCUUACUCAUAAGUAUUGUUCUUCUCAAAAUUGAGAAUCUGUCCAUUGUAUUAAUUUAAUUGUUUUUGUGUUGUGUCGCUUGUUGUGAAUUAUGGUGGCUCUUAUGUAUGUAUGAGUACAUUAAAAGCCUGACAUAUGUUUAGAUACAUUCAAGCUGUAGUGUGUAGUUGAGUGAAUGGUCAAAUGGUCUGUGAUAAACAAUUAAGUGUUUGUAACUGAGCUGCAGCUUUAUAUAUUAUUUUGUAAUUCAUUUAGCAUCUUCUUUGUACGCUGUUCUAUGAUAUUCUUCGUUGUAGAGAUGUAGUUGUUUCAACCUGUUAGCAUGUCUACAUUCUAUUGUAUUACUCAAAAUCAUUGUUUUUGCAUUCUUAUUUUAUAUUGAAACAAUUCUUCUUAUAUCAUGAUGUAUGUAGCUAACAUUGAACAUGCUUAUAGAAGAUAGUGUUAGAUCGGUAUUAAAGUGUAUUCUCAGAACCAGUAUUCAGAAUUACCAUGUGAAAUGAGCUUUUGUCAGUGCAAUAUCCUAAAAAGUCGAAUAUUUUACUAUAUCACAUAGUGGGUUGAAACUUCAACUUACAUCUCACUCAUUUUGAUGGGUUGUUAAAAAUAUUCAGUAUUGAUGUUGAUGUAAAUAGUUAUAAUAUUCAUGAUAGGCGAUAGCUAAGUAUCUUUUGUAUUACUCUACAUUCCGAAGUGUUUUUAUGUUAAGUUCGCUUUCUGUGGAUAGCAUGUACGUAUAAACGACUUAAUAAAUGAAUAAGAUAAAU